AUGACAUUGAAAGGCGCAGCCAGGACAUGGUUCAGGUCACUACCCCUAGGAUCUGUCGAUGGAUUCAGAGAGCUAUCCUGCCUGUUCUUGACACAAUUCAUGGUGAGCCGAAGGAGAAGGCGACCCGCAGCAUACCUUCUAACUGUUGAGCAACGAGAAGAUGAGAACCUGAAGGCACAUCUCUCCCAGUUUAACCAGGAGAGCAUGAUAACGGACGAUCAAGAUGAGAAGAUCACCUUGGCCGCCUUGUUAGAAGUGCCUAGGAGAAGGCUAGUAGAAGGACUAGUGAAGCGAGACACUCGAAAAUCCAUGAUGGACAAGGGAAAGGCCAGCAGGAUGCAAGGCUGGGAAAAGACGCACCAGCAAGGGCGCAUAGUGGAGGCCAAGCUCACUCGAGCCUGA